AUGCUCGUCUCCGCCGGCGAGGGAUGGGAGCUUGAGGCGGCGGUGAUUCCAUUGGCGGAGGUGGAGUGGGUGGGGCCGGUGGAGUAUCUAUCAAAUUUAGAGGCGGAUAUUGGACGACUUGAGUGGAAACAUGGCUGCAAGAAUGAUCCAAGCAGUGCAGAAGCAAAGAGGGUCGUGGAUUUACUAUAUGACACAACACUAAUAUCCAGUGGUUAUACUCCUAACAAUCCUGCUGAAGUGGGAAACAAAAUCUAUGAGAUGAUGGUCAUUGCACUUGGUGGAAGGUGGGGAAGAACAGACUCACUGGGAGCAGCAGAAGAAGCUGAUGCCGAGGCAACAAGCUCUAAGGGCAGCUUUGAGACAACAGAGGCAGAGGUGGUCGAACCAUCGGAAGUGAGGACAGAGGAUGAUCCUUGGAAGGAUUAAAUCAGUUCCUUGAGAUUAUUUGUGGAUUAGGCCAAGGUGAUGAGAAGGGGCCAAGGUGAUGAGAAAGGGAGUAGUGUAGGUUGA